AUGGAAGACAAACCUUUCACUGCUGCAAUGCACAGAGCCAGAGACUUGAGCGAGGCAACCAAAUCAUCUAGCCCUGUAAGUGACAUGUGGGAGUCUCAGACCAUGUGCCUGAAUCCAAGUCCUCAGAAGACUGUGAAGAUUUGAUUUCACCAGCAGCAGCGAGAUUUUUCAAGUGCAAUGCACUUGAAUUGCUUGUGAAUGUAACAGGGGAUCAUGAGUCUACAGUAGCUCACACCUGCCUCAUGGAAUAUGCUCCCUCAAUGUAGACUAUUUUAACAAUUGCCCAUAGAAUGCUGAAAGUAUAUGAACACUUCAAGAGCUUCUCCCCUAAACACUUGUGUGAACUACUUUUAACUACAAGUAGUUGCAUGCUAAUUGAAAUGUAAUAUGAACAGAGGCAGCCACACAAGGCAUGCAUGGUGAUUUCCAGGACAUCCAUUCAACCCCACCCCACCCCAGUCAAUGGUUUGUACCAGGGACAUGAACGUGGCCACAGCGUCAUAGACAGCCUCCAGCUGUUUGCGUUUUUAAGUAGCAACCACAUGGCUCUAUGCACGUAAAAACUGGACCUUAGAAACAAGGGUCCUGGCUUUCUGUUUUUCCCCAAUCCUGUAGCAGGAAAAGCUUUGCCUGAUAAUGUUUUGCAUAAUUCUUAACGGCACAGGAGGGAGCAGAAACAACCCCAGACCACAAAUAUUUCAUGUGUAUACUUUAUGUAACUCAAUGCACUCUUGCAAAGAGACUGAGCUGUAUGAACAAUAUUGCUCUGAGAAAAUGAGAGAUUGGAGAAGAUUUGCUUUGUGAGCACUUAUUGCAGUACUUUGGACUGUCUUCCUGCGUUGCUCUUUUUCAGAGCCUGGUUGGUGAGCAGCUCCAAGACACAAAGGGGAGGUUCUCUCAAGCAAAAACCCGCUGGCAGGUUCUUCAAGAGCAACACCAUCUCCUGAUACAACAGGAACUUUUGAGAAUGGAAAAGGAGCUGGCAAGUCAAGAGGUGAAUAGUUCCUGUCUGUGGUGGCAGGAGACCAACUUAUCAGCUCCUUGAGGAAGCAUACUGUGUGUGGGAGAGAAACAUACAGCGAGGGAGGGCAGAUGAGACAAGGGCUUUCCCGCCAAUCACCCAAUGCUGGAACCAGUACCAGGAAUUAACAUCGUAACUAAACAAAUUCCAAACCUCUGUUUUAUCUGUCCCAUAGUCUGCAGUCUCACAACAACUCAUCUGAAAGGUUCUUUCUCUUCUCAAAUUGCAGCUUCCUCCAGGCCAGCAAGGAGCCAUGCUGUGGCAGAAAGAAAAGUCUUUGCUGAUUUUGCGCAUGGAGGCAUUGCAAAGAGAACAGGCGGAAGCAGAAAGGGAUCUGGAGGAGCUGAACCAAGAAUGCCAACGAGAAACUGAAACACAAAAACACCACAUCCUGCAGGUCAAGAGAGCUGUCAGUUCAGACUAAUCCUGGGGAAGGGUCCUUCUAAGUUUCAAACCAGUCAUUGUUUGGUGGCCCCUUUGAGAUGGCAGGUUUAAUCUCAGAACUAGCUCUUUUGUUUCAUUGUUUGGAGGCACAGUGGGAACCUUUAGAUUCAGGGAAUCUUUAGGAGUGACAGACCUCUAGUGGCAGCAUCAGAUAAGGGCUUCACUUGAUUGUGUGAGAGAAACAGCAACCCUCUGCAACAUUAGAAGUUUGAAAUAAAUAUCAAUACAGCUGACAGCUUAGCAGCUUGCCUGAAGGACUAAAACACGUGAUUCCAAUGGUAUAACCUCCUAAAAAGCCCAAUUGAUUUUUCUUUUUUUGGAGCUGGAGCAAGAAAAGUCUAUGUUACAAUAAAAACCCUGCAAUUCCUUUAUUUAUUGGAUCACUGGGACAUCUCUCUAUAUAUAUACUUGCUCUGCAGGGCAGCAGUAGAGGAAGAGAGCACAGCUUCAGUUGUCAGGCCAGGCUAUUUCCUGUUGAAUGUGUAAGAGAAUGGGAGAGUUCAGUAGUACUAGAUGAUGCCCUUUUCAUGCCUUGACCUUUCUCUUUCAUCUACUAAAAGGCUUGUUGAACUUCUUCUAUAGGUAUUCCAGGCUUAUAGGAAACAUGCUGAAGAGCAUAUAGAUGUCCUUGAACAGAGAUAUCGAAAGCUGCUCCAGGAGUCCCUUCAGGAUGCUGUUCUCCUUUCCACUCAGAACCAGCAACUACAAGCUCAGAAGCAACUGGGCUACAUGGAGAAAGCUACUCAGACUGACUUCCAGACCCUUACACAGAGCCACGAGAGAGCCUCCCCACCCUAA